AAGGGAAGGAAGUAAGGGAGAGCCCGUCGGACUACGAAACGGGACGGAAACUACAAUUCCCAGCAGGCCGUGGGGCCUCAGAGUGCGGCCGCGAAGCAAAGCGGGCUGUAGAGUCUUGCGCGCGCGGUGGGGAUGGAACGUUGCUAGACUUAGCGGGUCUGGCUCCUGGGGGUCCGAGCGGCACGCUCGGAGCCGCCGCGCGCCAAAUCGGGAAUCCGGGAGGCGAGCAGCUCUGCAAUUAAUGCACGUAUUUUAAACUCCCGAGCCUGCGGACGCUAUGCACAGGAAGCACCUCCAGGAGAUUCCAGACCUGAGUAGCAACGUUGCCACCAGCUUCACGUGGGGAUGGGAUUCCAGCAAGACUUCUGAACUGCUGUCAGGCAUGGGGGUCUCAGCCCUGGAGAAAGAGGAGCCCGACAGUGAGAACAUCCCCCAGGAACUGUUCUCAAACCUGGGCCACCCGGAGAGCCCCCCACGGAAACGGCUGAAGAGCAAAGGGAGUGAAAAAGACUUUGUGAUUGUCCGCAGGCCUAAGCUAAAUCGAGAGAACUUUCCAGGUGUUUCAUGGGACUCCCUUCCGGAUGAGCUGCUCUUGGGGAUCUUUUCCUGUCUGUGCCUCCCUGAGCUGCUAAAGGUCUCUGGUGUUUGUAAGAGGUGGUAUCGCCUAGCGUCUGAUGAGUCUCUGUGGCAGACCUUAGACCUCACAGGUAAAAAUCUGCACCCGGAUGUGACUGGUCGGUUGCUGUCUCAAGGGGUGAUUGCCUUCCGCUGCCCACGAUCAUUUAUGGACCAACCAUUGGCUGAACAUUUCAGCCCUUUUCGUGUGCAGCACAUGGACCUGUCGAACUCAGUUAUAGAAGUGUCCACCCUCCAAGGCAUACUGUCUCAGUGUUCCAAGUUGCAGAAUCUAAGCCUGGAAGGCCUGCGGCUUUCGGAUCCCAUUGUCAAUAAUCUCGCACAAAACUCAAAUUUAGUGCGGCUUAACCUUUCUGGGUGUUCUGGAUUCUCUGAAUUUGCCCUGAAGACUUUGCUAAGCAGCUGUUCCAGACUGGAUGAGCUGAACCUCUCCUGGUGUUUUGAUUUCACUGAAAAGCAUGUACAGGUGGCAGUUGCGCAUGUGUCAGAGACCAUCACCCAGCUGAAUCUUAGCGGCUACAGAAAGAACCUCCAGAAAUCAGAUCUCUCUACUUUAGUUAGAAGAUGCCCCAAUCUUGUCCAUCUAGACUUAAGUGAUAGUGUCAUGCUAAAGAAUGACUGCUUUCAAGAAUUUUUCCAGCUCAACUACCUCCAACACCUAUCACUCAGUCGGUGCUAUGAUAUAAUACCUGAAACUUUACUCGCAGAAUGGCUCACAAUUUGGCUAAUUUGGAUACACCAGAACCAGAGUUCUCAUAGUAAUUACAACGUUUCUCAAAUUUCACAUGGGGGAUUCAAAGUUGGAGCUGCAUUGCUGUCAUCUGAACUUGGAGAAAUUCCCACACUGAAAACACUACAAGUUUUUGGAAUCGUGCCAGACGGUACCCUUCAACUGUUAAAAGAAGCCCUUCCUCACCUACAAAUUAAUUGCUCCCAUUUCACCACCAUUGCCAGGCCAACUAUUGGCAACAAAAAGAACCAGGAGAUAUGGGGCAUCAAGUGCCGACUGACACUGCAAAAGCCCAGUUGUCUAUGAAGUAUUUAUUGCAGGAUGGUGUCUCUUCUUUAGAACAGGGAAAAUAAGCAGGAAGCCCAGUUGCUGGAGUACUUAGCUAGUUUUAUUCUUGAUUUUCCCUUUGCCUUCAUUCUGCAAGUAUACUAGUGAACCAUUUGAGGGGGAAAACUAUGAAAUCUUGCUUUUUGAAAUGAUUCUAAAAGCUUCUAUCACUGCUUUGCUCUUAAGAGCCAAAGUUGUAGGCCUUUUGAAAUUUUGGGAGAGUGAGCCUAUAAUUUCAAGACACCUUAAAGAGCAAAAUUUGAGCCACCUCUUCCAAGUGCCCUUCUUAAGUCUAUUCAGAAUCAAGCUUAAAAAUUACCACCAGCAAACAAUCUUCAUAGCCCAUAUAACUUUUAUCUAUUUAAUUUUAUAGUAUUGCUUUAUAAGACCGCUUAGAAGAACAAUAAGCUAUUUGUAUUAUGAGCUGAACAAAAAGAGAAUCAUAGGAUAGUAGCGUCUGAGGCCAUCUUUUCUGGGAAUAGGAAAGAGAAAAAUGCAUUUUAAUUUUGCCUUUAGAUUUGAAAUUAGGUUAAUAGAAAUAAGUAACCCCAUGUAAUUCACCUUAAAACUUACAGAAGACUAAACAUUACAAAACCCAGAGGUAUAGAAUUGGUAUAGGAUUUGAAGGCCCAGGAGACAAGUUUUCUAUGACAGGUUAAUUUGAAGUAUCCUGUAAUGUUCAUUAAGUUACUGUUUCCAGAAUCUAAAUUAGAUGAGAAAUAUAAUUGUGGUUUUCUAACUUGAUAAUCAAAUUAUGUUAACAUGGGUCCUUUAGCUUUUAAAAUGACUUGCUUUGUUUUAGAAAGGUGGUAUUAAUCCAGUCUGUAUUCUUGAAAAUUUGGAUGGGAAGAAUUCUGAAGUUGCCUGCUGUUUUCCUUUAGCGCUGAGGUUCUUAAGGUUGCUUUUAUAUUACUCUGGAAUCAAGUAUUUUAAAUUGUCUUUUUUUUUAAUGAUCUCUCACCAAUAAUUGUUUGAAACUAUCCAUUUUUAAGGUCAUCAGACCUACAGUUCCCUAAGAGGAACUGCAUUUUCUCUUCAAUCAGAAAUAAUACAAUAGAAGCAGGUAUAUGUUCCAUGCAGUUUCAGUAGUAAGCACUACUUAUACCUACGUAAGAGUUAAAAUCCAGAUGUGGGACCUUUUGAUACCAUCAGUGAUACAUAUAUUUUCUAAACUGGUACAGAGAAGUGAAAAAGAUCAAAUUCUACUUCUUAAAAAUCACAAAAACUAGUUUAAAUUGAUGACUUCUUCAUAUGUUCAAAAUGUAACGACAAAAAAAAGCCAAAACCUGUCAUUUGUAUUAACUGUUUUUUUUUUAAUCAAAAAUUGUUAAUGUUAGAAACAUAGUAUGAAGUGCCUUUAUCUGCUUAGACCUAAGGAAGAUUUUAAAGUUGGGUUACACAGGAAAUGAUUAUGCUUCAAUUUCUUAGUAGUUAAAAAGUGCUAAAUACUACUUGAAAUUAUUGUUUACAGGUUAGUGACAAGAGCUGGGGUUAGGAUCCAGUUGGACUCUAACAUCCAGAUGCCCUCAAACAUACAGAACUUCCAAACUCAAGUCCAGCCAUAAGCUAUUUUGCCAACAUGUCAGAGUAAUCUGUAUUUUUGUAUGUGAUUUCUACUUUUAUAGACUUGUUUUAAAAUAAACACAUUUUUAUAAAAAUGAGUACUUAA